CAUUGACUGUCUUCUUACCUUUGAACCUAUCACUGCAACUUGAGCUUAGAGCAACCAUACAACCAACUAAUCAGUAUACCUCUGAACCAACAGAACAAACCAACAUGUCGUCUCCAACUGCCAACCAAUCCUACAACUACGUUUACACCAACACCUCUGGUGGCUCGACUUACACGGGAGGCCAGGCCGCUUCCACCAGCACCAUGCUUAACCAGUGGGCCACCACCCAAGACCGCACAGAACGAUUCUACGUCACAGGCCAAAGAACUGGUCACGGUGUCUGGGAAGGAAUGGAUAAGACUAUGGCUUUCGACAGAGAUUUUAAUCGAACGAAAUGAGCAUAUCAAUGGAUAUGUGUUGUAAUAAAGGAUCGGGAGGGUUGUGGCUGUGAACUUUUAGCGGGGCGUUGGGGAUAGAAUUGAAGCCUUUAAGUCGUUUCCUUCUGGGCAUUGUAUAACAGAAUCGGCAGUUCACCUCUGAUAGAAUAAACUUUUUUUCUCAA